CGCACUCCUCCGCCCCCUCUGCGGCUCUCACCUCCGGCUGCACCUCCCUCAGGACCCCCCGGGGGACACCCACAGACCUCCACAAACCUCCACAAACCUCCACAACCUCAGAAACCUCCACCAGCUCCAGAAUCGAGCGGGGAGGAGCGCGCAGAGGAUCGAUACCGCGUCAGGUUUACGCAGCAGCGGCACCGGGAGAGGAAGGAGACGUCGGCAUGGCCCUGCUCCAGCUCUGUGCUCCUCUGCUGCUCCUGGCUCCGGCCUGGGCCUCCAGACCGUCGUACUGGGACAGCAUCAUGACCGCGCACUCCGCUCUGAGGAUGCUGAACGGCCCUCUGCGCUUUGAGCCCUGCUGUCUGUACGCCCCGCCCCCUCCUCCUCUGUUCCCGCCCCCUCCUCAGCUCUGGAAGCGGGGACGUCCGGAGGGAGGCAGUCUGCUGGAGCCCACCAUCAAGUUCCACUCUCAGGAUGAGGAAGAGGAGCCUCUGAGGCCCAGAACGGGAAGUCCAGGAUGUGUCCCAGGACCUCCAGGACCUCCAGGACCUCAGGGACCAGAGGGCGACAUGGGGCUGCCGGGAAUCCGCGGACCCAAAGGCGAAAAGGGGGAGAUUGGACGGCCGGGGUCAAAGGGCAGGACUGGAGCUCCAGGUCUCCCGGGGAAACCAGGUCUGCCAGGUCGACCCGGUGCAGAUGGACCCAAGGGAGAGAAGGGCGACCCGGGGCUGAUGGGGCUCCCCGGACUGCGAGGACCCCCUGGGAAUAAGGGUUUGCCCGGAUACAAAGGAGAUAAGGGAGCUCAGGGAGAUCCGGGAACAGCGGGCACAAAGGGCGACAAGGGCUCCAUCGGUCUGCCCGGGAUGCUCGGACAGAAGGGAGAACAGGGACCAAAGGGAGAGCAGGGCGUCCCCGGAAAGAGAGGCCCCACAGGACGACCCGGAAAACGAGGAAAACAGGGGUUUAAGGGGCAGCCGGGCUCCGCAGGAACCAUGGGCCCCCCAGGACCCCCCGGGCCCAAUGGACACCCCGGACCCCCAGGGCCCCCAGCCUCAGGUCUGUACCUCGUCGGCGAAAAGGGAGAGAAGGGUCUCCCCGGACCCCCCGGCCGCUGCCAGUGCGACCCCCCUCCCACGGUGAACAGCGCCCCCCUUGGCAACUACAGGCUCCACGACAGCUCCAGCAAAGUGCCCGCUAUCUUUGUGGUGAACUCUGAAGAGGAGAUGAGGCGUCUCCAGGGGGACAACGCGAUCGCCGUCAGGAAGGACCAGAGGACGCUGUACUUCAAAGACAAAGACGGAUGGAAACCGCUACAGCCGUUCCAGUCCUUCCAGUCGACGGAGAAGAGCCCCGAGCGUGUGGGGGCCUGUGGGGACGGGAAGGUGCAGCCUCAGCACGGGGAGGAGUGUGACGACGGAAACCAGCAGGUCAACGACGCCUGCCUCAACUGUAAAUGGGCGUACUGUGGAGACGGGUACAGGCACGAGGGCAUGGAGGAGUGCGACGGGAAGGACUUCGGAUACCAGACCUGCAAGUCCUACCUGCCCGGGUCAUUUGGUCGGCUCCGGUGCACCGACUCCUGCUUCAUAGACUCCACCGGCUGCAAGUAUUUCACCUGAACCAGAGCGGGGAGUCGCGCUGCUGAUUCUGCCCCAGUUUGAGUCCUGGUCGCUGGGCACGGGGAGCACACCGGCCCCCUCUGUCUGCGGAGGCUGUGGAUCACACCAGAGCAACAUGGCUGCCGCACUGUUACACCCAAAGACUGUUCUGUCCUCGAUGUUAUGACUCCCUGACUGUUAAAAUUAUAUAAGCUGUUUUUUAGUCGCAAAAAAUAAGACUCUAAACGUGUAAACGUGAGUGAGUGAUCGUUACAGAUCACACACUGACCCCAGAUGCUUUGUGCGUUUUCAGUACCCACACUCGUUUUGAGCGUCAUUUCAAAAUAGAAUCUUAUUUUAAUAAAAAAAAAAACAAUGUACAUUUUUGAUUGAAUUUAACUCAGAUUGUUGUGUCUAAAUGUUUAUUAAAUGUAACUAAUGUGAUAAUAUUAUGAAAAUAGCAUUACUUACACUUAAUAAAUAUAAUAACAUAAUAACAUAACAUAAUAAACAGAUUUAGGCAAUAAUCUGACGUGAAAGUGAAAGUGAAAGUAGAUUUUUCUCGACUGGAGCUCAAAUCCAGUGUGGGCAUUGGAGCGUCUCUUUAACACUGACCAUAAGAAGUGCAAUACUGUUUAAUAGCAUGUUUCUACUGUCCUGUUAGCGUCCUGUGCUCGUGAAUGUCUGACUAGUGAAUGUUAAACCCGACAACAAAAAGAAUGUUUCGCAGUAUAGCAUUAGCCAAACAGAACCCCGACCUGAAUGCAGUCUAACGGUGUAUGAAAAUAAAACGUCAUAUGUUGA